UAAUAGUGUAUGCUGUAUGCGUCAUAUUAUCAAUCAAUACGUUGGUCGUACACACACAUACAACUGCAAAUAAAUACUAGUGUACACAAUUGCAGUCAACAGCUUCCAUAAACAAUCCAGGAAAUAAUUCGGUUUCUUAAAUUUUAAGUGGUUAUUUUUUGGUCGUAAUUUGGAAAAAGGUUCAUUGAAAAUCCGGAGUAAUGUUUACAUUUGCAAGUGACUGUCCUGUGAACAAUGGGCUUAAGUUGGCUGAACGGCGAAAAAAUGAGUGGCGUUGUUUGCUCUGUUGUCAUGUUCGCACCGGAACAAUUUUUCUUGGUAUUUGGCACCUGUUGUUGCAAUUAUUGGGAUUGAGUGCAAUAGUAGUGUUCUUUCGUAACCCUGACACAUUAACAUAUAUUCCAAGAUCAGAAAUAGUACGUAACGAUCUUAUGGGUAUAACUGAACAAAACAUUCCAAUAAACAACGUUGAAUCUACUAAAUUCUAUAACUAUGAUAACGAAGAACCAGUUCAACCACCUAAUGUUUUAUCUGCUUCAAAUAAAAACAACCAAGACGACACAGACGUUUUUACAUCUUAUGUGUUUGCUACUUUUAAAGCACAAUAUGGAGAGUUUAAUUUUGCAACGGUUGUACUAAUAAUCUUGGUUACCAUAACAGCCACUAUGCUUUAUGGCGCUAUAAAAGGAAAACCUCUGCUGUUUUUACCGUUCUUCACUAUACAACUACUUGAACUAUGUGUGACCAUGAUGUCAGCAUUAGGAUUCUUGUUUUAUUUACCGGACUUUUAUCGUAUGCUUGACUUCGCUCAAUCGGAGUAUGAACCCAGUUUGAAAUGUAAUCCGCAUUACAUAGUAUUGGUUGUAAUCCUUUCAAUGACUAUCUCAAUCAUAACUAAGACUUAUUAUUUGGCUGUGGUUUGGAGCUGUUACAAGUAUUUGAAUCUAAAACUGACUGCCUCAAGGCCAACUAUACACUAUAUCGAAUCAAACUUGGCUGUUCAGAAUCUUUUGCGCAUGGACGAUAAUUUCGCUGAUAAAAAAAAGAAGUUCCCUACUCCUCCUCCAUCAUAUUCAGUAGCUGUUGGUGAAGCCAACGUGUGCCCGCCAGAUGUACCCCCUCCAUCAUACCGCUAAUUAACUAAAACUUGUAACGGAUAUUAAUUAAAGUUUAAAAGUGUUCCCAUUUUUUUUUAAACUUUAAAAGGUUUUAGUUUAAAAAUCAAUAUUAUCAAUUUAGUUGUUAUGACCUAGUCUUUUGAAUGUACUAUGCUAAUAAUUUGUUUAAGUAGUAAAAAAAUCAUAGUAUCAUACAAUUAGUAUAGAAAUUAAAAAUCAAAAUUUUUAAACCAUUUCAAAUUCAUUGAUGGUUUUUUUCCUAUUGUUAUAAUGUUAUAAUUUUAUUUAAUGGUGCAAAUAUGAGUUUGUGAUUUAUUUAUCGAUUCAACCUAGGCAUAAUGAAGUUUCCUAAUUGUGUAAAACCAGGGCUUAGAAUUUGUAUUAAAAUUGUUUCGACAUUAAAAAUUAAUAAUUGGUAAAAAAACAAAAUAUUGCACAAGUUGAUAAAUUUUUAAAUUGCUAGUAGCUUAUAACAUACAUACAAUUAUAAAAGUUAAAGAGUAAUCGUAUAGAAAUUUAAUAUUUUCAAUUCUUAGCCCUGAUACUUUUUUUGUUAUAGCUAUAAAUACAUAAUACGUGUCUGUCAAUUUUAUUGAUUUGUAGCCAAUAUUUCAUUGAUCUGUGUAAUUAAAGUUCCUUGUGUGAGUCUAUUCUUAUUAUAAACUUUUCUUUUUUUGUUUUUAACUUCCAAAUUAUAACAGUUUUCAUUUUAUUUAAUACUGUAUUAUAUUUUUUGUAUAGUCAGAAACAAAGUAAAUGAUGCAUUUAUUGAA